CCAGAAGAAGUCACUGGUUUUGCACAGGCAGAGUCCAGUUUGAAUGGGAAGAAAGGAGGAGCCGGUGGACGGACGGACAGACAGACACACAGCACCAGCCGGACGUCCACCUGCAGCCAUGAGGACUAGGUGAAGCCCCUCCUGCCGUAGCCCUGUUCUGUGUCACUCUGUGGGCGAGGAGACAGAAGAUAGCACCAUGGCGGAAGAAAGGAACCGGAGAGCCCUGCUGGAGCUGGCCCGCAAGCCGGAGAACACGGUCUGCGCCGACUGCGGGGCCCCAGAUCCAGACUGGGCGUCGUACACUAUUGGGGUAUUCAUUUGCCUGAACUGCUCCGGAAUUCACCGCAAUAUCCCUCAGAUCAGCCGAGUGAAAUCUGUCCGCUUGGACCCGUGGGAUGAUGUACAGAUUGAGUACAUGUCAUGCCUGGGAAACAAAGUAGCGCAAGCAAAGUUUGAGUCUAAAGUGCCAGCAUUUUAUUACAAGCCAGCAGCUUCCGACUGCCAAGUGCUCCGCGAGCAGUGGAUCAGAGCCAAGUACGAGAGGAAAGAGUUCAUCUACAUUGAGAAGCAGGAGCCGUAUUCUGCAGGUUACCGAGAAGGAUUACUGUGGAAGAGGGGACGUGACAACGGACAGUUUCUCAGCAGGAAGUUUGUGCUUUCAGAAAGGGAAGGAGCACUCAAAUAUUUUAAUAAAAAUGACGCAAAAGAGCCCAAAGCGGUCAUAAAGAUUGAGCAUUUAAACGCCACCUUCCAGCCGGCCAAAAUAGGGAACCCCAACGGCCUGCAGAUCACCUACCUACGGGACAACAGCACUAGGAAUAUCUUUCUGUACCAUGAAGAUGGCAAGGAAAUCGUCGAUUGGUUCAAUGCUAUCCGAGCGGCACGCUUUCACUACUUACAGGUGGCUUAUCCCAUCGCUGUCGAUGUCGAUUUGGUGCCAAAGCUGACCAGGAACUUCCUCAAAGAGGGAUAUAUGGAAAAGACGGGGCCAAAGCAUACAGAGGGCUUCAAGAAGAGAUGGUUCACCUUGGAUGACAGGAGAUUAAUGUACUUCAAAGAUCCGAUGGAUGCCUUUGCCAGAGGAGAAGUGUUUAUUGGGAGCACAGAAAACAAGUAUAAAGUAGAAGAAGGGCUUCCUCCCUCCACACAAGGGAACCACUGGCAGUACGGCAUCACCAUCACCACGCCCGACCGCAAGUUCCUCUUCACAUGUGAGAGCGACACCGAGCGCACAGAGUGGAUCUCUGCCUUCCAGAAAGUUCUCAACAAGCCUAUGCUUCCCCAGGAGUAUGCAGUGGAAGCUCAUUUCAAGCAUAAACCAUAGUGCAAGAUGCUUUCCACAACUCUUUACACAAAUGCACAAGGUUUACAGCAGAAGGAAAUCGCACCCCUGAAGUGAGGUGGAAAAAGGGAAAAAUUACCAUAAUUGUGAUUACAAUGGCGAAGAGCCUGAACCAGCGCCACUUUCUACUACAGAUGUUCAGCCAGGGACUGAGCAUGUCAGCAUAGCGUCUGUCUUAAUGUCUCGUGCCAUACUGUGUGUCCACCGUGAUCAGAUAUCUAGACUGGAGGAGAUGGCGACGGCGUCUCGGUCGGUGAACAUUCCUUCGUUGUCCGUCAUGUUCUUACCAUUAGAUCUCGAGGCUGCACUUUUUAAUGAAAUGUACUGAUUUUAUUCCCACAAGCGGGAAACACGUUAAAUAUCCCAAGAUGGAUGAGGCAUCUUCCGCCACGUGACAUUUCAGUGAAGGAGACCCCCUACCCCCACCAUUCCUACACACACUCAGCAUGAGAAUCGCAAUGAGGAUCUGGAGCACCGCCUGUGAGGACUACAGAGGAACACGAUAUCAGUCAGUGAAUAACCCCCACCUGGCAUGUGUUGGUAUUUCGGCCAGAAUCUAGAAUACAUGUAUACAUCUAAUAAUGUAUUAUCCUUCAUCGCUUAGGAUCUUAUUAAGGGUUAAUGAGUAGGUGAUGUGUAUCUAUCCUUAAAGCGAAGGAUAUCAUGUCAUUUUAAGGUCCAGCUCUCUGUGCUAAUUGUAUAUCUUUAUAGCAGUAAGGGAUCUAUAUCCUGGGAAUGGGCACAGAUUUAAAUGAGAGAAUUCUGGCUACCUGCAGCCACCACUAGGGGGAGCUUACUGCAUUCUGUUUUAUUAUUGCAUUCAAAGGAUAAACAGAAUGCGGUUAGCUUUUAGCUCCCCCUAGUGUUGACUUUGGGCAGUCAUACAAUGGAUUUGGAGCUCUGUAAUAGAAAUAUGCUGCUUCAGUCACUAUAAAGAAAUGAAUCUGCACAGUAUUCUGCGCCUUAGUUAAAAAAAUAUAUAUAAAUGCUCUAGGGUGUCCAUCCACAUCAAGGGAUUUCUACCCACAGCACAAUACAUAAAUUAUAGACGUCACAUGUAAUAAAUACUCCCCUUCCUUCACCCGGAUUCCCCCGCUCCCCCCCCAGUGAUUUAAUGAAGCCUCUGGCGCCAUACCUAAGUAUCGGGAUCGGUCACUGUAAUGAAGUAUUUAUUUGAUCCUUGCAAAUUUACUGUUCGGAUAUAAAAAAAUAAUAAUCGUA